CAUAACUGUGCUGCCAUUUGUCAUUCCACAGUGAGGAUCCGUUACUACUCACACUAUUCAUCAUCCGUAACAGUACACAAACUCUCAUCUCCACCGCAAACACAGCAAUUCAACAAAAAUUAGAUGAUGUGAGGUUGGAACAUUCAAUCAUUUUUCUUUUUUCUAAUAAAUUUACCAUCUUCAUCACUCACCACAUCGUCACCAUCCAUGGCUGUGCUACCUUUCCCUUACUCAGCAUCUCCCACUUCAUCUCUCCCCUUGUCUCAACAAAAACGCCAUAAAACAAAACCAAAUUCCAAAAGAAGCGCGUUCUCACCAAUCCAAUGCUGUCACAGCCAAACAGAGCCGUUCCAACUGAAUGGCCUAGCCAGAGUUUCAGAGAAGAUUCUUCUGAGCAACCCUCCUGUUGCAGCUUCCGGCGUGGCUGUUCCGCCCAGGCCUCGAAGGAUAAUCCUUGUCAGGCACGGAGAGAGCGAAGGAAACGUGGAUGAGAGCGUGUACACAAGGAUACCCGAUCCAAAGAUAUCGCUCACUGAGAAAGGGAGGGCACAAGCCGAGGCAUGCGGCAACAGGAUAAAACAAAUGAUUGAGAAAGAACAUGGCCAACACUGGCAGGUUUACUUCUACGUCUCGCCGUAUCGAAGGACCCUUCAAACCUUGCAGCACCUCGCUCGUCCCUUUGACCGUUCCAGAAUCGCUGGUUUCAGGGAAGAACCUCGUAUUCGGGAACAAGAUUUUGGUAGUCAUCGACGGAGGAAUUUUCAAAACAGAGAAACGAUGCGACUGGAAAAGGCACUACGGCAGCUUUAUGGCCGUUUCUUCUACCGAUUUCCAAAUGGAGAAUCCGCGGCUGAUGUGUAUGAUAGAAUCACUGGAUUCAGAGAGACGUUGAGAACGGAUAUUAGUAUUGGACGGUAUCAACCACCGGAGGAGAGGGAAUCAGAGAUGAACUUGAUCAUCGUGUCUCACGGUCUAACACUUCGAGUGUUUCUCAUGAGGUGGUACAAGUGGACAGUUCAACAGUUUGAGGGUCUCAACAAUUUAGGCAAUGGAAAUAUGCUUGUCAUGGAAAAGGGUCAUGGAGGAAGGUAUAGCUUACUGAUGCAUCAUGAUGAAGAGGAGCUGAGACGGUUUGGACUGACUGAUGAAAUGUUGAUUGAUCAAGAGUGGCAUAAAAUUGCAAAACCUGCUGAUCUGAAUUACGAUUGUCCAAUGGUCAAUUCCUUCUUUCCCCACCUCAGUGAAGAAACAUGCUAGUGUGAACAAGGGGUUCAUCAAGAACUUGCAGCAAUUUCAAAGUCAAUGCAGUGGCUACAAACCACAGAGCAUGCACAAUAUAGCUCAAUUAUGAAAACGAAGAACGAAGAGCACAGUGUUGUAAGUAGCUAACUAGAAAAGUUUGUACCGAAGAAUUUAACAAUAGAAAAAGGAUGAACUAAAUCA